UGCAAUCAUGUUUGUCUUGCUUGAACCCCCCCCCCCCAACACACAGUGCCACCAACGUCACUUCCUAUUGAGAUUGCUUCCUAUAAAUGUUUACGAGAAGCCAAGUUCUGGUUGGUCACUUUGAUCAACUGUUAAGUUGUGUUAACCCUUCGCAUUACAAUUGACCUCUCGUAUGAUUAAAAUGUUUACUCACUUAAUUAUUGUGAAUUAAAAGAAUGGUGGUUUAAUUCCAUAUCCACGCACCUCGCAUGCAUCGAUGCAUUCGGUGAUCAGCAGCGGAUCAAGGCUCUGUUGUUCAGUCCCAGCAUGGGCCCGGAAGUUGUUUGGGAUUCCCAGGUAAAAAAAAAUUAAUAAAAAAAAUCCCGGAGAUGCUGUCGUCGCCUGGGAAAACAAACAGCCAUCCAGACAUCUAAGAUCGGGGAAUAUCAGUCGGUCGCCAGGCUUCUGGUGGGAGAAUGAAUGCUGAUGACCGCAAUGACUCCUACUUACCAGGCAGCGGAGGAGACUCAGCUACUGAACAGGACUUUUAUUGUGGGCUUCGAGGACGUUCGGUCAGUUCUUCAAACAGUCAGAAGUCUUCUCCACACCGCUCCCUUAGUGCAAACUCCAUCAAAGUUGAGUUGUACAGCGACGAAGAACCGGCAGUGGGUCCGCAGCCCAGAGAGUCUGUGAGGGAGGACCGAGACCCCACUAAAGAGGAGCAGAGCAGAGGGCAUGGUGCUGGUGUGUCUGCUGGAGAGAGGGGACACAUCUACAGCGAGCUAACCAGCCCCAAGCCCAUCUCGCCGGGGCCUCUUCGGCUGCCCAAUGGCAAGCUCCAGUGUGAUAUUUGUGGAAUGAUCUGCAUUGGACCGAAUGUCCUUAUGGUGCACAAGCGCAGCCACACCGGCGAAAGGCCCUUCCAGUGUAGUCAGUGUGGAGCUUCCUUCACCCAGAAGGGCAACCUGCUGCGACACAUCAAGCUCCACUCUGGAGAGAAGCCCUUCAAAUGCCCCAUCUGUAACUACGCCUGCCGCCGGAGGGACGCCCUCACCGGACACCUGCGCACACAUGCAGUGUCGUCUCCCAAGGCAGGCAAGACCCUGAAGUGCGAGCACUGUGGGCGCAGCUACAAGCAGCAGAGCACCCUGGAGGAACACAUGGAGCGCUGCCACAGCUGCCGGCAGAAUCACCAGAGUCACCAGACCACCACCGGUACACCAUCAGCACAAGGUGAGGAUUCUCCUGAUCCAGAGCCGAUGAGUAAACCAGUGAUCCAGCCAUCGACUGAAAAGCUCCCGUUUGUGGAGAGGCUCGCGAAUAGCAUCACCAAACGCAAGAGGUCUACUCCCCAGAAGUUUUUGGGUGAAAAGCACAUGCGUCUUAACAUGCCCGAAGCACCUUAUGAGCUGUCCUCUGGUUCUGAGAAGGAAGGGGACCACCUUACCUCCCAGUCUGCUGGGGAGUCUGUCCGGCUGUUGGGAACCAGCUCCAAGUACCUCCAGGAAGGCCGGGUGAAGAGUGAGACCUACGAACCUCCCAAGCUCUCUCAGCCCCACCCCGGCCUCCAGUCUGAACUCCCCAUGGCCAUGGGCUCUGCGUACGGUCGCGUGGCUCCUCAGAGCACAUGUGCCCGUGGCGGGAGUGGCAUGGCGAUCGUGUCCAUCGGUCGGGCGGGGCCGGACACAGGCGAAGGCUGCAACGAGCCUCCCUCCGCCCACAGUGCCAACAACUCUCCCACCGAAUGUCCGGACUCCACAGACACGGAGAGCACGGCGGAAGAGCAGAGCGCAGGGGCCGCUGCCCCAACGAGUACCUCCAACCACCGCAACCUGCAGCACCUACACUACCCCCCGACGCCGGCGACGGCCCGCAGCCGCCCCAGCUCCAUCCCCGGUCAGGCCAAAGACUCCGACCCAGAGUGGGAGAGGGCGUGUCCCGUCCGCCUCUCAGCCGUGAAGAAGAGCCCCGGGUCGCCCCAGUCGUCCAGGGAGAGCUUGCAGGUGGUGGACAGAGAGGGCCGUGCCCUGCGCUGCUUCCACUGCCCGCACUGCCGCAUCCUCUUCCUGGACCACGUCAUGUUCACCAUCCACAUGGGCUGCCACGGCUUCCGCCAGCCCUUUGAGUGCAACAUCUGUGGCCACCGGAGCCAGGAUCGCUACGAGUUCUCCUCUCACAUCAGCCGGGGAGAGCACCAGAUGGGCUGAAGGCGCCGCAGCGGGCGGGGGGGCCGCAGCGGGCGGGGCGCCGCAGCGGGCCAGGUUGGUGGAGGGCGAGGGCUGAGAUGAAUGGUAGAUGGAUGGAACAGUUAUUGUGUCGGAUACGGUUUGUUCUGCACCAGGUUCGAUUAUUACUGUAACUAUUGUUGUAGUUAAUGAUAGUAGUGGCAUGACCCUGGUGUAUUUAAGACAAUUUACAGCAGGUCAUACGAGAACAUUCUCUCUCAGCAUCAUACAAUACAAAUGGAGGUACAAAUUAUUAUCGAUUGCACCCCCAAAUGAAAUCAUUCCGCAAAACAUUUUGUUUUGCUCCAAAAGUGCCUUUUUGGGGGGGACUUCCUGUCAUUACAAGAUGUUAAGGAAACCUGGUGCUUAGAAAUUAUCACACCAUCUUUUUUUAAUAAAAGGCUUAUUUGGCACUUUGAUAGGUCACUUGAACUGACUUAUAAUUUGGAUAGAAAAAUAAAUCUAUUGUUCAUAAAAGCUUGUAACAUGAAGCUAAUCAAAGAACAAGCAUAGCACAUACAUCUUAGAAAUAGCAAAUUAGUCUGUUAAAUAUGCACUGAGAGAGCUUUGUAUUCAUGUGAUUUAUGAAGGGGGUGGGGGGAGGGAGGCAGGUUAGAUUAAUAUGCACUCGGGUCGGGGAGAAUCUUUUAUCAUAGAUGAAGCACAGAAGUGGAUUGCCUUAAACGUACCUCGUGUUUACAGCAAACUUUGCAUGUAAAGUCCCUCUGGAAAGGUUCUACUGCUGCGCUUAAAAUAUAAUCAAAGCAAGGGCAAAAGCUGAAAGAAAUAA